UCGGUGGGUGGAGCUUCAAGCGGCUACCAUCGCAGCCGGCUCCAACCUGUCGGGAUUGGAGGCCGCAUGGCUUCUGCUUCCUCCGCUGCGGCCCUUUCGGGCCGCGGGGCCCGGAACCUGUUGCAGUUCCUGCGGCUGGUGGGGCAGCUCAAGAGGGUCCCACGGACUGGCUGGGUAUACAGAAAUGUCCAGAAGCCAGAGAGUGUAUCAGAUCACAUGUACAGGAUGGCAGUUAUGGCUCUGGUGACCAAAGAUGAACAUCUUAACAAAGACCGAUGUGUACGCCUAGCCCUCGUUCAUGAUAUGGCAGAAUGCAUCGUUGGGGACAUAGCACCUGCAGAUAACAUACCCAAAGAAGAAAAACAUAGGCGAGAAGAGGAAGCUAUGAAGCAGCUAACCCAGCUCCUUCCAGAGGAUCUGAGAAAGGAGCUCUACGAACUUUGGGAAGAAUAUGAGACCCAAUCUAGUGCAGAAGCCAGAUAUGUGAAGCAGCUGGACCAAUGUGAGAUGAUUCUUCAGGCGUCUGAAUAUGAAGACCUUGAGAACAAACCCGGGCGACUGCAGGACUUCUACGAUUCCACGACAGGAGCAUGUGGGGUGAUGAAGAAUCAGCUCCAAGUGGUCCCCUUUCCAGGACCUGCAGUGGUAUCUUCUGUGUCAGAGCGAAGUUUGGGUCAGAUCACAGAACCAGCCCUGGCAAGCCCCAGGAUCAGACUGGAGACAUUGAAGUCAUUAUCCUUUCCUCCAUCUUCUUGUCUUGAAGGAAAAUUCAGUCACCCAGAGAUAGUCCAGCUUGUUUCUGAACUUGAGGAAGAACGAAACGCUAACAUAGCUGCCGCUGCCAGUAAACCAAGCUCCUGAGAUGUUCUCUACAUUGCUGCGCUCCUGUUACAAACGUUUUAGUUUUCCGUUUCAUGGUAUUGUGUUUUGCCACUGUUGGUCUCUUGAGAUGUACGUCUGUUUAUUUUCAAUUGCCUGGACUCCAGCAAGAAAUGUUGUACAUACCACUGGGGCAAUAGAAAAAGCUACAGAACAGGAUGUGGGCAUGAAAGUCCCAUGGAUGAAGACUUGGAGGGUGGAGGGCUUUUAUGAACUAAAUAAAUACAUUUUAAAACCCUUAAACUUUGGAAUAUAUAUUGGAGAUUUUAAGUCAUCUUAUUCUGAGUUAAUAAUCUCUGUCCCUGAAGGCCAGAUUCAUUGAGCAAUAGAAAAUUUCAUUAUGAUUGCUUUUAAGAAGAUUCCUCAGCUGGCUUAGUGAUAAGGAGCCAGGACAAACAAACGCAUUCUCCUGUUAGAUGAAAUGAUGCCUUAUUCAAAUUCUGUAGCCAGAUUUUAAAUAUCCCUUUGAUCUGCUUUAGGCCCCCGAUCAUAGACUUGUAAACCUGCUAACUGGUUCUGCCCCUUUCCUUGAUCUUUUUUGUCAUUUGGGAAUAUAAAUCUGGGCAUGCACUUUCAAAUGGCAUUUGUCUUCCUCUGUUUUUCCAUGGCUGAUUGAAAACCUUCAGGCCUUGGAGUUCCCAUCAUGGCUCAGUGGU